UAUUUAAACGCACCAAUGUCAGCUCCACUGUAGAAGAGUUCAGGCUUCACUCAGAGCGUGGGAAAAAAGAGAGAAUACUCAAGACAUCACUUCAUUUAUUUUUGCGCGGAGCAAUUAAUCAAGCUGACCAGAAACAAAAAGCAAGAAGCAGCAAAUCCUUUUCAGGCCGGAUCUUUAUUUUAGGAACAUCUCCGGAGUCCCUUCCAGUUUAGUCCAGGUGGUGAGUCGUUCCCCAGGGGGUGUGAAAGAGCUUCGUCCACGAUGCGCUCACUUCUUCCACUCAGCCUGUAUUGCAUCAGCCUCCUGUGCCUCCAACUUCACGCGCUCCCGGUGGGAAACAGGUUGGACUUGAAGGCAAUCUUACGUCAGCAGAGAGAAGGAAGCGUUGUCUACCCAGACUCUGAUCUGUCCUCUGAUGAUCCCACUAGACUGGCUCCAGCUGGACCAUUGGACAGAACUUCUCUAUGGAGAGCCAUCCUCUAUAAAAGCCCACCUACAUCGUCGCAGGAGUCGGCGAAUGUUCUCAACCCAACUGGCAAGUCUGUUGAGUCGAACCUAAGAAACCCCAGAGGUCGCCGCAGCGCCCACAACCGGGGUCAUCAUCACCAACACGGCCAGCUGAUGCGUGUCGGGUGCGUCCUGGGCACAUGCCAGGUACAGAAACUCAGCCAACGCCUCUACCAGCUGGUCGGCCAGACCGGACGCGAAGACUCGGCUCCUAUAAACCCGCACAGCCCACAUAGUUAUGGAUGAUCUCCAGAGAGGCUACGGAAACCAAACCGAAGCCCUAACAAAACAGCUCGACUUGCAUACGAUCUCUAUUUUUGCCAAUAGUCUUAGAUUCGUCUGAAAUUUUUCUCUCUAUCCUUUCCACUUGUGCUUUGCUCUUUCAACAAGUGCCUUUUUUUUUUGGGAGAAGAAAGAACCUGAUGUUACUGAUGUUCAUGGCUAAAACCUUGUCUUCGCCCUCUUUUCACCAAACACAAGGACUUUUCCUUGACGUUGGCCUCAAAUUGGAUCUCCCGGGUUCUUUAGAGACAUUAGUAAUCCCUUUAAUCUCUUUUACGUAUAAAAAAAAAAGUGUCUGAUUUUUGGAUUUCAUCCAUGGUGUGAACUGACCUCUCAUCAUCUACAAACACGAGGAUUUCACUGAAGGUCGUUAACAUCCGAAAUGGACUUGAUUCAGAUAUGGAGCUUGAUGGGAUUUCUGUUCAUUUAGGGUGGCGCUGAACUAUUAUCUCUUCUUGAAAUCCUAAAAGCGACUAGUGUUCCCAUUGCAGCUUGGGAAAACACAGUGCUGCUUGAAAGUUUGUGAAACCCCUUUCAACUUUCAAGCAGCACUGUAUUUUCCCAUAGUGAGUGGAAGAGAUCUUGAAGACCAUCAGCCCACCAUGUCAAAAACCUCACACCUCUUCUUGCUCUCUUUAGAACUUCAGAAAUUUCAUUUGAUGAUUCCACCUCAUCUUGAUUCCAUUUUCCUGCAUGGGCAAUUGGUUUCGGUCACUAAAGGUAUUGUUUUUAGCGUAAAACACAAUGAAUGAUUGAAGCAGAUUAUCACUGCUGUGGCACAGCUUUUGUGGGGUUUUUUUUGUAUUAUUCUUGGAUUGAUAUGAGUUAACAAACACAUUCAUUGUGAAGUGACGAUAAAACCUCCAGCACUGUUUAAUGAGCUGCUUCUAAUCCCUUUUGGUUAUUAGAAACCUGCUGGGCUUAGCAUCAUAAACAAACAAUGGCUUUAUCUCAAGCGUUUCCUAACAGGUGAUUAAAACACACACGUUUGGACAAACACCAAUCAAACUAGCCCUUGCUGAUGUCAUUGACGGAAUGUACAAAGCGAAACAUUACAUAAUACUUGGCAUUAAUUUGCUUGUUAAAUACAACGAUUAUAAUAAUUAAAACAUAAUAAAAAAAAAAAGAGUCCCGUGCACAGCCAGCCAGAUAUCUUAAAACCAAAACGAGCAUUCUUACUGUUACACUAACUCCAAGACACAAAAGUUGAAGCGUAAGAGCGCCAGAUCUGCAGAAAUCGCUCUAGACGCUCGUUAUACGUAUUCUAAAUACACGUCCUUUUUUUUUUUCUUUUUUCGCAUAAUGAUUGUGUCUCAAACCGUAGCCGUAGCGCUCACCCCCAAAUUACCGUCUGUGCCUUUCAGGAAUAAAUAGACCUGCCUUGAAAAUGGCCUGUUGUUGAAAGUCCUGUUUAAAAUAACUAGAGUAAAAUCGCGACGUGAAAUAUCCAGCUGACGAAUUCAAUCCAACAAGACCAACCUCUCAUUAACUCAACUAUUCCUCUUCAGUCUGGUCGGCUUGUUAGCUUUAACUUAAACACGCGCGUUUACGUGACGUUUGAAUCGUUCCGAACGAUUUUUUUUCUCCAGCGAAUUUUUUUUACCUUCGUCCUACCAUCAUUCCUAAAAGCCGACGAUCUACUUAAAACCUGACGAUACUUGACGUUUAUUUAAAUUUUUGGAUUUGCAUCACACUGUAAUUUACUUUUGUUUUGUUUUUAAUCACCAAUCUGCCUAUUAUAUAUAUGUUUCUAUUUAAGUGGAAGGGCUAUGUGGUCAUUCUAGCGGCUUUUUGUGUAAUCUUGAAUGUGUGUUUUAAGGCUCUCUGAACACGAACACUGCUCGCUCUGCUGUAAUCGAUCUCACUCCUGUCUCGUUAUCACUGAUCAUUAAAAAUGCUUUCAAAAAUUCUGAGAACCUGGUGAAUCUGUAACUCUUUAUUUUUUACAGAGCCAAAUCUGUGAGAGUCUUCGUUUUAAUCAGUCCGAAUCUGUUUUGUUUUGUUUUUGUUGUAUUUAUUUAUUUAACGUAGACGACUAAGGGGUGUAAGAGUUGUGGAGGUUUUUUGGCGUCACUGCCUGACGUGGAUCAUUCCCUGUAAUGCGUCUGAGUUUGUGUGAAAACAGCGUGCCUGUCAUUGAGGACCUUUGCCCUGAAUCUGCAGGACUUUUCUGAGGGAGGUUAUCCGUGAUGUCUGUUAGGUUCAGGCCACGAUUACACUCUGAACUCGUAUGUUUCGUUCACUGUAUUACGAUAAGGUCACAUGGUAUUCUAACCAAACAAAAACAAAAAACAAACAAAAACAAACCUCGAAGCACUUUAUAGCAGGAGUCUGUUUUCAUGUCUUAACUUGAACCUUGAUGAUGUAACUAAAUUAUGAUCUCUGAAACUUGAUAUGUAUUACGUACAUUCUCUGUGUUAAGUAUGUGUGAAACGUUACUCUUAUGUAUGUGUACACUUUGUGAAUAUUAUUAUUAUUAUUAUUAUUAGUUCUACUAUUUAAGUCAUGUAUUUAUGCAUUUGUAUGUGAAAGCAUUAUUUAUCUGCGCAUAGGAAAAUGAGAGCGUCCGUGAAGAACAGGCCUUCGUUUAGUUACAGUGUUUUUCUACUUUACAAUGUUCUUCGUUUUUGUGUGAAAUAAAGCAUUUGGCUGCAGUACG